AUAAUAGGUUGCAGAUGAUGGAAAAACUAAUCUGUAAAAACAUACAUUUUCAUUAUAUUGUUAUUAAUGUUCCCCUAUGACACUACUUUUCAGAAUUGGUUACACAUUUUAUAAAUGGCAUUUUUUUAAUAACAAAAAACAAAUUGUUUGUGGGGGUUAACAAAAAAAAAUCCAUGACCUUUUCUAUUGCUGGAUUUUUUUAAAAGAUUUUUUCCCUUCUGGCAGUGUAGGGGUUAAACAUUAGCCCCCGUCCAUCGGGCUAUUUGAGAGCCAGGUGUGUAUGUUUGGGCUCUGCCAGGACAGUGCUGCUCCGCUGUGUGGCUAUGUUAGCCAGUCAAUGUGUGUCUGCUGGAGAUUAACAUGAACGCUGGCGAAUCAAUGCAAGGCUCGUAGACGGAGCAGUUUUGUCCUACACUAGUUCCUUUUCGCAGUGCUGUGGUUAUGGAAGCAGAUGCAGCAGCAAGCCUGCCACUGUCCUCCCUUCAGCUUCUAUUAGGCAUCCAACAACCAGCAGAUCCUAUAUCACCAAUGCUUUCCUGACAAUAAAGAGAAAGAGCUUGUUACUUCUGCUAAGCACCGAGAUGGCCGAAGGAAAUCUCCCAAGAGGCUCAAUGAGGUUCCGAAGGAAUGCGCACUCGUUUCCUGGGAAUUUACACUUGGUUUUGGUUCUACGGCCAACGGGCUUUUUCCAGCGCACCUUUACUGAUAUAGGAUUCCGCUUCAGCCAAGAAGAUUUUUUAUUGAAACUGCCGGUUGUUAUGCUGAGCUCUGCAUCAGACUUGUUACAUUACAUUGAUGAAAAGCAGCUAACACCUGAGUUCGGAGGUACAUUCGAUUACAGGCACAGUGACUGGGUUAUUUGCAGAACGGCUAUAGAGGGUUUUGCACUGACUGUAAAGGAGAUUGCACAAAGGCUACAGUCUUUUGGGACAGAACUGGCUGAGACUGAGCUACCCCGGGACGUGUAUUCAAUUGAACAUAUUCUUGCUGUUCGCAAUGAAAAAUACUUCCAGCUGAAGGAGGGCAUUAUGUCAGUGAUGAGAGAAGGCAGCUUGCUUCUGAACAGCUUGGAUGGGCCAACCCCAACAUUAGUGGAAGAAGGGCAGCACUGUGAAAAGAAUGGGGACUGGGAGACAGUCCAGAGGUUACUGGCACAGUUGCAUGAAAUGGAGACAGCGUUUGAUGGGUUUUGGGAGAAGCACCAGCUAAAAAUGGAGCAGUAUUUAGAACUUUUGAAGUUUGAGCAACAUUUCGAAGAGCUGAAGAAUGGCACUGAAUAUUUGAGGUCCCAGCACGAAAAUAUCCCAGAUACAGGAGAUAAUGCAUCAGAAGUACGGCAAAGGCUAAUGGAUUUAAGUAACCUUGAGGAAAGGUCACAGGAAUUAAUAAGAAGAUCACAGAUGGUAAUUUUACAUGGACACCAGCUCGCUGUGAAUCAUCAUUAUGCUCUUAAUUUAAUAUGCCAGCAGUGUAAUGAGCUAAGGCACAUGUCGGACGUUUUAUCUGAAGAGAUCAAAAGGAAGUAUGCUCAGCUCUCCACUACACUUGAACUCCACACACGAUUACAGCAGGUCACUGAAUGCUGUGAUAAAGGUGCAUAUUUCUUAGCUAACCAGCAAAUGGAUAAGUGCCAGUCAAAGGAAGGUGCGCAUAAAGCUCUUCUGGAUCUUGAAAAGUUUCUUGAAAAUGCCAGUCCCUAUUCCACUUAUGAUCCACAGACCUUGGAGUAUGAAUAUGAGAGUAUUUUAACAGAUGAACUAAAGACUCAGAUCCAAAGUGUUCAUAACAAGAUAGAAAAUGUUCGAGGUCUAUUUGAGAACAGGCAAAGUUGCCUUAAGAAAUUGGCUGAUAAGCAAGCAAGACCAGUCCAGCUGGUCGCUCCUCGUCCUGAGACUCCUUCCAGAGCAAAAUCCCCACUGUUCUCCCCAAAACAUGGUAUGGAUUUCAAUUCUACUCUCAAGUUUUCUUUUGAUAUCACUUUGCCUGGAAAAAGGACCACAAGAAAAAUACAAACAACACGUAAGAUUGAAGUAAUGCAUGAUUAUCAAGAAAGACGCAAUUCUUUGCAAUUAUUUAUUUCGGAGAGUGAAGACAGCUUGGACAUUCUCAAAGGGCAUGUCAUCCAUGAAUUAAUAGAAACAGAAAGGAUUUAUGUGGAAGAACUCUACACUGUUCUGCUGGGAUAUCGUUCAGAAAUGGAGAACCCAGCUAUGAUGCACUUUAUGCCUCAAUCACUGAGAAACAUGAAGAACAUUCUGUUUGGAAACAUGCCGGAGAUAUAUGAAUUUCAUAAUAAAGUAUUUCUCCAGAGUCUUGAAAGUUGCAUUGAAGCCCCAGAAAAGGUUGGAUUUUGCUUCCUUGAAAGGAGGGAGGAUUUCCAGAUGUAUGAGAAGUACUGCCAGAAUAAGCCACGGUCAGAUUCCCUUUGGAGACAGUUUUCUGACAGUGUAUUUUUUCAGGAAUGCCAAAAAAAGUUGGACCAUAAACUUGCACUUGAUUCUUAUCUGCUUAAACCAGUUCAGCGUUUGACCAAAUACCAGCUUCUAAUUAAGGAAUUGCUGAAAUAUAGUAGUAAUGCCGAUGGAGCUGAGGAAUUACAGGAAGCCUUGGAUUCUAUGUUGGACCUAUUAAAAUCUGUGAAUGAUUCUAUGCAUCAAAUUGCUAUUACAGGUUAUAAUGGAGAUAUAAAUGAACUGGGAAGAAUACUAAUGCAAGGCUCCUUUAGUGUGUGGAUAACACAUAAGAAAGGCGCCACAAAAAUGAAGGAGCUAGCCCGCUUCAAGCCAAUGCAAAGACACCUCUUCCUGUAUGAAAGGGCCCUUGUGUUUUGUAAGAAGAGGGAGGAGCAUGGAGAUGGACAUGAUAAAACUCCUUCCUACAGUUUUAAGCACAUUUUAAAAAUGAAUGCUGUUGGAAUCACAGAAAAUGUGAAAGGAGACAGCAGAAAAUUUGAAAUUUGGUAUAGUGGCCGAGAGGAAGUUUACAUUGUACAGGCCCAGACAUCUGAGCAGAAGACAGCUUGGUUAAAUGAAAUCAGGAAGAUCUUAACAAGGCAACAGGAACAUAUGAAAGGUACAGUUCAGAAGCAGAAACCGAAUGCAUCAACAGACCAGCUUUCAUUUUCACCACAAAUGAAUGAAAGGAAGCCGCAGAGAUCUUCAGUGAGUUCUGAGGAGAAUGAUUCUGAAAGCAGCAGCCCAAUAAUGCUGGAAGGCCUAAAUCUCUCACCUCUUCACAAGUCACCCCGAGGCUGGACUGGAAUGUCACAAUCUGUAGAAAUCUGUGAGGGGCUUGAUGGCUGGUCUAACAAUCCCUGCUCAUGUCCCUGUUCGGAUACAGAAGAAGAGGACACAGUCCAGCUGUCUCCUGGUAAAUAUAAAGCCUUGGCGGACUGCAAGAAAAGAGGCUCUGAAGACAUCUUAGUGAAAAAUGGAGAUGUAAUUCAACUUCUGCAGGAAGAUGGUGAGGGACUGUGGUUGGUGAAGAAUUUAAACCGAAAAAAAGAAGGCUGGAUUCAUGGGAACAACUUGCAGAUUGUGAUUGGUGAAUGCAGGAUACGUGCAGCCAAAAUGACAGAUGGAGCCCUGUGUAGCACCAGGAAGUUAAGUUCCCCUUAGAACUCAGCUGCUUAUUUGGGAAAGUUCCUUGGCAACUGGAUUUGGAGCUGCUGUCACAGACAACUUUCACCUCAUUUUAAACAGCAUACUGAUCCCAUGAGACAUUUUCAUAAUCAAACAUGACACUUUUAAAGUCAUCAUUUUGUAAAAGGAAUUCUGUAAAUACAUUGGAGGCAUUUUUCCAUGUUCCAUAAAUGUCAUUUUCCCCCAUCUUGGAUAAGGGAAUGUUUUUAAACAGAUGUAAAUAUGUGCAUUCCGGACACACCAUUCCAGUCUUUUGUUUUUGAAGAAACUUGAAUCUAAAGGAUCUAAAGGACUGAGUGCAAAUGCUGAUAUGGAUACUUAUGGUGGCACCAUCUGAGUUGUUUUUUUUACUUUAUAUGAACUUUGGCAUUUCCUUGGGGAAUUUGGAAACAUCGCAUUUAUUUCCACAAUCUGCAUUUUCUGGUACAGUGUGUUACAUUGCAAUAAACCUUGGCUGACCAUCCUACCUUUACAGAUAAAUGAAUGUUUACAUAAACUGUUAUUUAUUCAUAAUGAUGUUCCCAAAAAUACCAGAUUGUUUCUUGAAAUUGCAAUCCAUAAAACACAAAGCAGUUACAUGUAUUAUAGGGAGAGUAUACCUUUAUACUGUACAUUAUAUUUAAUAAACUAAAAAAAGGAUUCAAUAUGUUAAACUGUCA